AUGCCCGGCUUGACCACAUUCCCCCCGUUCCCUGAAAAUAUACCUACCCAUCCUCUCAUUGUCGUUGACUACCACUUGAUUAAGGCUGGCAAGGACGGGGAGAUAAGCAAGCUAUGGAAAGCAGCCACAGAGCUGGGGUUCUGGUACCUAAAGAACCAUGGCAUGGAUGAGGAUGUCGAGGCUAUGUUUGACAUGGGUCGCGAAGCCAUGGUCCUGCCUCUCGACGAGAAGAUGAAGUACGAGCUUGGAGACGAGGGCGGUUCCUUCGGUUACAAGGCUGCCGGUGUUCAGGCAAUCGACGAGCGCGGUACACGUGACACGGCGGAGUUUUGGAAUGUCUCCAAAGACGAUGCUCUCGCCUGGCCAAGAGUCAUCCAUCGUGUGUAUCCGUCGCCUGUGCAAGCGCGGAUGACAUCCACUAUCCGACCGUUCGUCGAGAAGUCGCUCGAGAUCAACGUUGCGCUCCUGGAUGUGUUCACUCAGAAGCUUGGUCUUCCUCGAGGCGCGCUUGCCGAUCUGCACAGGACGGAGGAAGAGAGCGGAUGCCUUGCGAGGUGCAUUCGCGCACCUCCACGUGCAGGCCCACAGGAGAAAUUGUUCAUACCGGCACAUACCGAUUACGGAUCAUUGACUAUCCUUCACAACCGCACCGGCGGCCUACAAGUCCUGCCUCCGAGUGCCACUGAAUGGUACUACGUGAAGCCUAUCCCCGGUCUCGCAAUCUGCAACAUUGGGGACGCGCUCAACAUCUUCAGUGGAGGCAUCCUCCGAUCCAACAUCCAUCGUGUGGUCCCCCCUCCCGGAGAACAGGCGGCGCUCGAACGAUGGUCAGUUGGGUUUUUCACGCGGCCGAGUGACACCGCCAUUCUCCGCGCCCUGUCGGAGGACAGUGCGCUUGUUGCCCAUGCGGCCGCGCGAGCGCCGGUGGGCAGGUUCGAGACGGGGACGAAUGCGAAGGAUUGGAUCGCUCGUCGGGUAGGAGGACUGAGGUACAAUAACUACAAGGACGCAGAGGGGUGGAAAGGCUGGAAGGGGACAGAAGACACAGAGAUUCCGGAGAGUGUGGAAUCGUAG